UUGGUCGCCGCUUUAAAAAAAAAUAAACAAUCAAGGGAGGUUUUUUUCCAGUCUGUGAGACCACUCAAUCUUCAACACGUCACGCUAGCAAACGUAAAUAAAUCGAAUUUUAUUGCUUUCUCUUUUAUUCUUUAAAAAAAAACUUAAAUUUCCAUAAUUUUCUAAAUUACCACCUUUUUAUAAUCCACAAUCCACAAUCCUCUUUCUUUUUUUUGUACUCUAAAAAAUGUCAGCCGUCGUCGAAAAGAUAGAGUCUGAACACAUCGGUGGCGUGCGGCUAAACGGCUGGGAGAUAACCAGCUGCCACAUGCCCAUCCUCAACAACACAUCGAUCGAGGAGUACGAAAAGGAACUAGGCUUUAACGUGCCCGAGAUGAUAUUCGGCAAUAAUUACCUGCGCAUACACCACCUCACCAGCGGCCACACCCUGGAGCUACAAGCUCUGGAUGCGCUCAAGAUGGUCGACACCAGCCCGCAGUCGGCCAAAUCUGUGCAGGUGAGUAUUGCCCAGGGCUGGUCCGAAUCCAGCAAGCGCAACCGCAGCGACAUCACUGAUGUAAUCAAGCCCUUUGACUGGACUCUUUCGACAAAAUACAGAGGAACAUCAACUGGUGGUCUGGCCUUUGAACCAUCCAAAACAGGCAUUGACUAUGCCAAGUUGAUGGUGAGGGAGGAAAUUCACUUUUACGAUGAGAACGUCCUGUAUGAAGACGAUUUGGGCGAUAAUGGCAUAUCACAGCUCUCCUAUAAGGUGCGGGUCAUGCCUUCGGGGUUUUUUGUGCUGCAGAGGUUCUUUAUGCGCGUCGAUGGCGUGAUUUUCAGGAUAUACGAUACCAGGUUUAGCACGCGUGAAUGUGCCUUCGAGGAUCAUGAUGAUGAGGAUCUGUCUUUGCUCAACAAUAUUUCGUUUGUCGAUGGUGCUAUGAAGGACCCAAAGAUUGAGUGCGAGGUGGCGUAUGUGUAGUUUGAAGCAGUUGAACUUCACAGCUUGUAUUUUUGCACUAAUUAGUUGCAAUAAAUUAAAUUAAACCAC